UAAAAUGGCUUCCACUUUUGUCUUCUGUAUGAAUGGAAACUCAAAUAGAGAGCAUAAUGUUCUCUUCAUUUUUUUUUCUUCUGCUUUUUUCAGGACAAUAUGGUUUUGUUAUUGUUUUUGUAGGGAAUGUACAUAUGUGGUGCAUUGUGUGUAUAAAAUGGCAAUUAUUUGAAUGCUUCAGCAAUUAUGUAGAAAGCCACAGGAUAAGGAAAAGCACAUAAGCAGGGGUGCUGCAAUUCAACCUAUACGACUGUCCUCAGACGUAUCCUCCAGCUGCUUUACUGAAUUCAAGUUCCCUCUGUGCUACUAUUUGCUUGUGGGCCACGAUGGGAGUCAAAGCCGCCCUUCCCAAAUAUGAGCUGUGCAUAUACAUGGCUGUUUUGUACAUGGCUAUGGUCUGGGCUGGUAGCUGGGUGUUUGAGGUCUCCAGUGUGAAUGUGAACAGGAAGGCCUUCAAGGCCACUGUGAAGCCAGGAUGGCACUACUUUGGGAGGAAAAUGGACAUUGCUGAUUUCGAAUGGGUCAUGUGGUUCAGCACGUUCCGCAGCCACAUACUGUUCGCCCUGUCCGGUCAUGUGAUCUUCGCUAAGAUCUGCUCCAUGUUGGCUCCUCAGCACAGGUCCAUAAUGUACAUGGCGUAUGGGAUGACAGCCAUCUUCAUGAGCAUGGGCUGGACCUAUGUGGCCCUGAUCCUAUCCCACUGCAUAAUGCUCUACAGCAUCUCACUGGUCAAGUUCAAGUGGCUCUGCUUUGUCACCGGAUUCACCAGCCUGGUCACCUUCAAGAUUGAGCCCUUUAUUUCUUGGCAGGGCGGUUUUGUGAAAGAGACCUUUGAGCUUCAGCAUGUCCUGUUUUACGGAGGCUGCGGGCUCACCAUCAUGCGCUGCAUGAGCUUUGCUCUGGAGAAUUGUGAGAAGAAGGAGAGCAACUACACCUUUCUGGAUCUCCUUAAAUAUAACUUCUACCUCCCCUUCUUCUACUUCGGACCUGUCAUGACUUUUGAUAAAUUUCACACUCAGGCCAACAAUCCUGACUUGACUCGUAAAGAUUGGGAGAUGUGGAACAUCACCACCCAAGCCGUGUUGCACCUUGGGGCCAUUAUCAUGGUGGACAUCCUUUUCCACUUCCUCUACAUCCUCACCAUACCCAAUGAUAUUAAGCUGUUGAAGCACCAAUCAGACUGGGCACUUGCUGGUUUGGCCUACUUUAAUUUGGUAUAUGACUGGGUCAAAGCAGCUGUAAUGUUCGGGGUCAUAAACACAGUGUCAAGACUUGAUCACCUUGACCCCCCUAAACCCCCAAAAUGCACCACACUGCUGUAUGUUUUUGCUGAAACACAUUUUGACAGAGGAAUUAAUGAUUGGCUCUGCAAGUACGUUUAUGACUACCUGGGUGGAAACCAUGACAACAUCUGGAACGAGCUUGUGGCAUCCGUCAGCACAUUUGGAAUCACUGCUUUGUGGUUAGGGCCGUGUCAGGUGGUGUUCAUCUGGUCUUUCUUGAAUUGCUUUGGCUUGAACUUUGAGCUGUGGCUGGCAAAGUUCUUUUCACUGGAGCCAUUUGCAUCCAUGGAGAUGGCGAUGUCUGAAGCCAUGUCUCGGCGGAUAAGAGCUAUCUUCAAUGCAGCUAACUUCUGGAUAAUUGUCCUGUUCAAUAUCCUGGCACUCAACAGCCUCGAUUUUGCCAAACUAGUAGCCAGGAGACUACUCAUCAGAGGCUUUCCCGUGUCCACACUAUCCGUUCUGUUCUUCACAUACUGUGGCGUGCAGCUGGUCAAGGAACGAGAGAGGAGGCGGGCCUUGCUGUUGGAUCCUGAUCCUGCCCCAGCCUCUGCCCCUGUCACUCAUACUGGCCCCACCCUGACAAAGGAGGAGCCAGCGAAGGAAAAAGCAGAGUAACAGAGUCACAGAACUCUGCAUAGUUCUCAAUACCAUCAGUAUUUGUGAAGCAGAAGCGGCAUUUGUGGGGGUGCAGCAUACCCAUAUGAGAAGCCAUUGGGUGGCCCUUGAGAACACUAACACUAUGAACACUAACUUAUGAAUGAAAAGCAUUGUUCAAAGAAUGUCGACAAAUAACAUUGUGUAUUGUUUCCCUGCUGUAAAAUCUAGCUUGACCAGCUUGACAAUUGAGCUGGUCAAGCUGGUCAUAAGAUGGUCUAGCUGGGUAUGAGCUGGACAACCAGCGUGGCCAAGCUGAUCAUAAGCUGGUCAUCCGGCUAGUGCUGGUACCUUGUCUGAGCUGGUAGCUGGUUGACCAUACUCAGCUGUUUCAAAACAUAGCUUGAGCUGGUCAAACCAUGUCAAGCAGGGAGUGGGUCAGAAUUGGUAAACCAGCUACACCAUAGGUGACCAGCUGCCAGCUCUUUCAAAACCUAGGAUAAGCUGUUUUUUUUUCUGCAGGAUUUGCAUUAAAAACAAAUAAUACAUAUAUUUUUAAUCAGAGUUUAAGUUUAAAUGCAUCAUAUCUUUAAAGUGUUUUUGCUCUCAUCAUGCCAUGUGUCCAUACUGUAUGACAGGCUAGCUCCACCAGAGACUAUGAGCCUUCUAGACUGCUACAUCCAUCACCACAGAUUUCACACCAUGUGAAGUAAAUCACAUUUUAAUUGUGGAUCAUCCUGAUAUGCUGUAAAUAAAUGCCA